AUGGUAACAGAAUUGAUAGGCGGAGGGUUCAUACUUGGUUUCCAGGCAUGCCAUAGCAUCGUCGACGGCUUCGGAAUGAUCCAGUUCAUAAAAAGCAUAGGUGAUCUUGCACGUGGCGAGGUGCAACCGGCAGUGUUAUCCGUGUGGGAGAGGCAUAUUCUGAUGGCACGCACUCCUCGACGCAUCACCGACAUCGACCCCACAUACACACAGGUUCUAACUGGCUCUGAGUACGAUGCCAACAGGAUUGUCAACGACAUUAUGCUAUCAACGACAGUCGAGAGCAUGGUGCACAAGUACUUGAUCUUCAGUCCGAGAGAGAUAACUCAUUUACGAGGGUAUAUCGUCCCAUCGCUUCUCACCAAACCCGCCACCGCCUUCGAGCUUCUCACUGCUGUAAUGUGGCGCUGUCGGACGAUAGCGCUUGGCUACGAGGUCAAUACAAAAGUACGCCUCAUCUUUACAAUCAAUGCCCGUGGGAGAUGGAAGCGUGAUUUUCCCAUCCCACGGGGAUACUACGGAAACGCCUUUGUAUACACCAUAGUGGAGAUCACGGUAGGUGACCUAUGCGGGAAGCCACUCGGCCACAUUGUGGAGCUAAUUCGUAAGGCCAAGACCGACAUGUCGCUGGAACGGAUGCGGUCAAUGGUGGAUAUGAUGGCACUAUUGCGUAGGCGGCCGACUUUGCCUGCGCAACAAGUCUACUGGGUGUCAGACAAUAGUCACAUUGGAGGUGACACAGUGGACUUUGGGUGGGCGGAGUGGGUUGGUGGUGACAUGCCAGUCCCGAAGCUAUCAAGCUUCCACACUAGAUGCAAGGAUGUACAUGGCGAGGAAUCAAUCAUUGUGUCAGUCUUAUUGCCAGGGUCGGUGGUGGAUAAGUUUACCAGUGAGAUCGCCUCCUGGUUGAACAAGGACAACGGAGGCAACUACUUUACACCUAGCUCCCUCUAG